AAUUUUGUCAAUUUGCAUACAGCGACACGUUAUUAAUCUUUCCUUCAAUUUUUCUCGAGCAACCUCGAUAAAUUGUCAACAGCGUAAUGACUCUACUUUUGCCCGUUAUCGCUUCCAUGUUAUUAGGUUCGGCAAUAGACUUACGUACUUAUACGCCAUCUACUACUGUAUUCAAUAAUGAACAAUUCAAAAAGCAGUCGCACGAUUUGUUGACUACGAGAUUCUACGCCAUGUACGACACCAGUCAAUAUUAUAAGUUGACUGGAUGUGAACCCGACGUAAUUCUCCGUAUCAAAGCGGGAUUAAUGAAGUUGGACGAUUCGUUGGACGGAAUCAACGAUUUCAUUACCGAUACUUAUCAGAAAAAGAACGUCUUUUCGGCAGCAUUUAAGAUCGAUUAUUAUAGCGAGUCGCACACCCUUCCGGAAAAUGCCGAGACGUUAAAAGAAAAUUUGAAAGUAGCUGGACUGGCUAACAGUACUCACUAUGUCGGAGAACUCCAUCACGGUGGUUCGACGAUUAUCGUUUACGAUUAUAUAACCAAAAAUGUUUUUGAUAAAAUGAUGAUCGAACAACACAUUAUCCCUGUAGUUAGUCAGGAGGAGGACAGUCUCAUAAAUGCGUUUAUUUUGGCCAACGAACACUUGGAUAAAGCACCUUUUCGAGGACCAAUCGUUCGUCGACACAGAGUUUUCUCCACCGUAUCUCUUCCUUCAAAUAAUUUUAGCCACCCUUCAAAUAUCAAAACGUUAAUCGAUUCGUAUCGCGACAUUUACUCGAAAAAUGAACGUGAAAUUCCUACGGUUAUGUUCAUGUCUCCACUAAAACCGUUGGAUUCCAGCUUCGACGAUAUCGACCAUGCAUUGUCAGAAAGUGACGAAUCUUCUAGACGAAAACUUUAUGAAAUAAUUGAGCUGUUUGAUGAUUUAAGAGAAACGGAAGAUCUUAUGUCCAAUUGGCUAUAUAGAGGACAACUAGAAAUGACAGAAGAGCAAGAGAAGAAGGCCGAAGAUUUGUAUGAAAAUCUUAGCCAAGUAUUGAAAAGCUUUCAAGAAAUAAUCCCAGAAAUUAGCCAAUUUAAGAAGUUAGACGAAACGCGAAUCAAAGAAGUUAUAGCAAUGUAUAACAAAAACCUUCCCGUAGAAGGAGGAACUUACAAUUUGGCUUUCCGUAUACUCAAAGAAACAAUUGGAUCAGUGUGCCAAGACGAAUUCCACCCCCGUAUUCUCGGCCAAUUGCUCUUGGAUGCGGACGAUUAUCUCGGACCCAAAGACGGCUUGGGAGAAAACAAAUGUCGAAAAUUGUGUUUAAGCGAGCCACGGUGUCGAGCUUACACUUACGGAGAAGAUUUGGAAGUUUACGAUCCGGAAGUAGGAGUUUGGGAGUCGAUAGAAAAUAGAUGUUGGAUUUUGUUCAGGAGCACCGAUACCGCCGACUUUAAACCCACAGGUCCCAUGGAUAAAGUGUAUACGUACGAUAGAAAGUGUGCAUAAAAUAUAUUUUUCCAUAUUAUAUAAUUUUUGAAACUUUGUUUUUUAGAAAAUUUAUUUAGUAAAUAAGAUAAAAUUCACUCGAGAAAAAAACUUGUUCUACAUUAAUCUGUAAUAAUUAAAAAUAAGUCAUUUAUAUAUCGCUUUCUAUUAGUUAUAAAUUGUUUAACAAUUUAAUAUUCGUGUUUUACCAAUGAUAAGAGAAAACAUUCUUAAAAUUUAUAAAUUCUGAAUUAAAUUUUCCAUCAUUUAAUGCAGUUUUAUACGCUA